UUACUAAAUGACCAAAAACUCCAAGCCCACAAAGAAAGCAAUUAAAGCCCUGGAGCCUCCUAGGGCUUGAAGAGUUGUCGUCUUCUUCUUUCUCACUCUUGUAGUGCCUCUCCAAUCUCCGCCUCUCUCUCUCUCUCUCUGAACUCAUCCGAUGGCUCCGAAGAAGGAAAAGGCUCCUCCUCCGUCGUCCAAGCCAGCCAAAUCCGGCGGCGGAAAACAAAAGAAGAAGAAGUGGAGCAAGGGAAAGCAAAAGGAGAAGGUGAACAACAUGGUGUUGUUUGAUAAGGCUACCUAUGAUAAGCUUCUCUCUGAGGCUCCCAAGUACAAGCUCAUCACGCCUUCCAUUCUCUCUGAUCGUUUGAGGGUUAAUGGGUCACUUGCGAGGAAGGCUAUAAGAGACCUGAUGGCUAGGGGUGUGAUUAGGAUGGUAUCUGCCCAUUCCAGCCAGCAGAUUUACACUAGGGCAACCAACACCUAGUUGUCUCAUUUCUUCUUGUUUGUCAAACUUAUGUAAUAGGGUAAUUCUGGUUGCUACCACUCAGUAAUUGCUUCAGCUUGUGUUUUGUUUAUUUAGUAUUUCUUCUGCAUGUCUUUUGUUGGCUAGAAUCUCAAUUAUCAAAUCAGUUUUGCUUGAUUA